AUGCGAGAUGCACCUGCUGAAUCAAACUCGGGUGCCGAAGUUGUGGGUUCGGCUGCCGUAUCCGGUCUGGGGUCUACCGAGCCCUUGGGCAAACCUGAAAAUCAAAGACACACUGAUGAAACACUAGCACUUGCAAAGCAUGCAGGGAUUACCAGGCAGUACAAGUUUAAUAUUCAAAUGCAAAAUGUGAUGAGAUUGUGUCAAACAAAGAGCAUUGUGACAGUGAAUGGCCAGUUUCCAGGGCCUAGAAUCAUUGCAAGAGAAGGAGACAGACUUUUCAUCAAGGUUGUUAACCAUGUUCAGUACAACGUCACCAUUCAUUGGCAUGGAGUGAGACAACUAAGAAGUGGAUGGGCUGAUGGGCCAGCUUAUAUUGCACAAUGUCCAAUUCAGACAGGGCAGAGUUAUGUGUUUAAUUUCACUAUCACUGGUCAAAGAGGAACUUUAUUUUGGCAUGCUCACAUCUCAUGGCUGAGAGUAACACUCUAUGGACCCAUUGUUAUUCUUCCAAAGAAAGGUGUUGCUUACCCUUUUCCAAAACCCUUCAAGGAAGUCCCCAUUCUCUUUGGUGAAUGGUGGCAGGCAGAUACAGAGAAACUAAUUAACCAAGCCCUUCAAACAGGAGGAGCUCCAAAUAUUUCUGAUGGUUAUACCAUCAAUGGUCUUCCUGGACUUCUCUACAAUUGCUCUGCUAAAGACACAUUCAAACUGAAGGUGAAACCAGGGAAGACAUAUCUACUGAGGAUAGUCAAUGCUGCACUAAAUGAACUUUUCUUCAGCAUAGCAAAUCACAACCUUACUGUUGUAGAAGUUGAUGCGGUUUACGUGAAACCAUUCAAGAGCAACACAAUUCUUAUAACACCAGGACAAACCACAAAUAUCCUCUUGAAAACCAAACAUUUUCACCCUAAUGCCAUCUUCCUUAUGGCGGCUCGGCCUUAUGCCACUGGCCCUGCUUCAUUUGACAAUUCCACCACCAUUGGAAUCUUAGAAUAUCAUCAACCCUCUACUAACACCAAGAAUAGCAAUAAACUGCCUUUGUUAAAACCAAAACUCCCUAUAUUCAACGACAGCAUUUUUGCUACAAGUUUUGUCAAGAAAAUCAGAAGUUUAGCUAAUGCAAAAUUUCCAGCCAAUGUACCUAAGAAAAUUGAUAAACUUUUUUUCUUUACUGUAGGAUUAGGAUUGAAACCAUGCCCUCAGAACCAAACAUGUCAAGGACCAAAUAAUACUAAAUUGGCAGCUUCAGUUAACAAUAUAUCCUUUGUUCAGCCAAAUGUAGCACUGCUUCAAUCUCACUAUUUCAAUCAAUCCAAAGGAGUUUAUACCACAGAUUUUCCAGCCAAUCCACCAAAAAAAUUCAAUUACACAGGCAAUCCACCAAACAAUAUUUUUGUUACCACAGGCACAAAAGUUGUGAUGCUACCUUUUAAUACUAGUGUGGAAUUGGUUAUGCAAGAUACAAGUAUUAUUGGUGCUGAAAGUCAUCCACUACACCUUCAUGGUUACAAUUUCUUUGUGGUUGGUCAAGGCUUUGGAAAUUAUAAUUCUAGCAAGGACCCUGCUAAUUUCAACCUUAUUGACCCUGCUGAAAGGAACACUGUUGGUGUUCCAUCUGGAGGUUGGGUCGCCAUUCGCUUCCUUGCAGACAAUCCAGGAGUAUGGUUCAUGCACUGUCAACUUGAAGUACACACAAGUUGGGGGUUGAAAAUGGCUUGGAUGGUAAUGGAUGGAAAAGGUCCCAAGCAGAAGUUACCUCCUCCACCAUCUGAUCUUCCUAAAUGUUGAUCUUUCAUGUUAGACUUUCUAGCAACAUCUUCCUUUUGUUUUUCUUCCGCUUAAUUUUUGUUAAAGAGCACCCUUCAUUCCUUGAAUUUUUUGGUUGAUGAGACUAGCUAGGUUUGUAAUACAACUAGUUUCUUGUUAAGGAGCUUUCUGAUGCUACAUGUUUCUUGAAAUUGAAAAGAGAAACAUUAAUUCAGUACUGUAACAUUUUACUAUAAUGAUUC